AUGAACCUCUGAACGUAAAAAAGAAAAAGGAAAUUUGAGAUAAAGAUCAAAACUGCACCAAUAUAGAUACAAAGGACUAUUAAAAAUACGGAUGACGUGUCAUGGACUACGGUCGACGCGCUCUGGACAAAAUAAAUGGGGAAAAAGAGGGGAGACAAUUCUUAUAGCGACUAUGGAGUAAAACCAGAUUUUAGCUGUGCGUAAGUUUUGGACCAUCUCAAAUGUCAAGGCCGCAGGUCACCAUCACCUUGGGCAGCUCUGGUCAAAAAGUGGUUAAGCGAUCAUCAGCUUCUCAGGGUAAUGGUUUUAGUCAACUGACAUUGUCAAGAGCCAAAAGGUCAUUAGGAGAGACCUAUAGGACUGACUACGUGGAUCCUUCGAAAUCCCUUCGUAAACGUGUGCGAGGGGAUAAAGAUGCAGGAGGUACCAUAUAUGGCAGACUGAAUGAUACACGCGUUGGGAAAAAUGACCUCCGACUGAAACUAACGCACAGAAGAAGGCAAAGGGAAAUUCUUCUGCAGAUUGAAGAAAGAAAAAAGGAGCAGCGUAAGAGGAUGGCAGGAAGUGUUCAAUCUACAGAACAGACUCACCGGAGGCUUGUCACCAGCAGCCAACCUUCGUCAGGAGCUAGCGAAUUGCUUCAGAUAGAGCAAAUUAGAUCCUCCUAUACAUCACAAACUUCUGGUGGUGUUACACCAAGAUCCUCUUAUAGACUCGCAAACGAUUCUAAAGAAGUCUCUUCUUCAAGGAAUAUCACUGCAGCUCAGCAUGUAUCAUCAGUAAGGCCAGCUGAAGCUUCAAGAAUGGUUCGUAUGGUAGGAAAUGACCUCGUCGAAUCUUCUCAGCUAAAAGUCCUUACCCCUGUGACCAUGAGGUCAGCACUGGCCGCCAGGAAUCCAUUGUCAGGUCUUCCCUCUUCAAAUGGAAGCAUGCUGCAAACCCCAUAUCCCGAUCAACCUCCUGUGACCGUAGCCAGUCUAUUAAAUUCACUCAGUUUGGGGAAGUACGCUAUCCACUUUCAAGCUGAGGAGGUAGACAUGGCUGCAUUGAAGCAAAUGGGGGACCGUGACCUGAAGGAACUGGGGAUACCAAUGGGACCAAGGAAGAAGAUUCUCCUGGCUAUGCUUUCCCGAACUAGAAGGCCAGUGUAGUAUGGUAGUUAUAUUUGAUCAAUACAAUGCUCCUCUAUAGUUUUCAAGCUGGCUAUUCUUGGGAAAUGUAUAUAAAGGAUAGUUGUAAAAUGCUCAAGUAUUUUGUUGUAUAAAACAGUAUAUAAGAGUGAAAUUUUCUCUUUCGCUGU